UUGCGUCCUGAAUAUUCAACACAAUGCUCAGUACCUCAUGUUGAUCCAACGAUUGAUUUAUCAUGUUAUUCAAAUUUUAAAUCAGACGCGUUAAGAAGAUGUCCAAAAACUGUUCCCAUUUUACAAACAACUUGCCAAAUUGGCUAUGAAAAAGUAAAUUCAAAUGGAAAUGAUAUAGUUUCACUUUGUGUUGGUAACAGAUGGACAGUUGAUGAUCAAUUCGAUAGUGCUUGUAAAUUAAUUUGCGGAGAAGCUGGUAGUAAUGGAGAACCAGUACCACUUAUAUUUAAGGGAACGUCUACUGACAUCAAAAAUGCCCCUUGGCAUGUUGGCAUUUAUUCAAAUAAUACAAAAGCAUCUUCAUCAUAUGAAUUAAUAUGUUCGGGUAGCAUAAUUCACAGAAACAUUGUCAUAAGUGCUGCGCAUUGUUUUUAUAAUAAAUUAUUAAGAAAAACUGAUGACCCAAGACAAUUUCUUAUAGGAGCUGGAAAGCGCUUUUAUAGUUAUAGAAAAUCAGAAAAUACUGAACAGUUUGUGCGUGUUCAAGAAAUACACACACUACGAACAUAUGAUACUUCAUUGCUAAGAAAUGACAUUGCAGUACUAGUUGUUACACCUGAUUUUACUUUCACUUCAACUGUUAAACCCGUGUGUAUUGAUUGGACUACAUAUUGGGAUUAUGAUUUAGAAAAUGGAACCGUAGGACACAUUUUUGGAUGGGGUGCGAAUUCUAAAGAUGAUAUCUUAACAAUAGAGCUAUCGACUGCAAGUUUAAAUGCUUUAUCAAGUGAAGAUUGUAAGCGACUCAAUAAAAAAGCUGAAGUAUCUGCAGAAAGCUUUUGUGCUGUAAAUGAUAACGGAGCGAGUGCUUGUAAAGGUGAUAGUGGCGGAGGAUUUGUUGUUAAAAGAACAAUCGGAUCGAAAGAACGUUACGUCCUUUGGGGUAUAGUAAGUUCCGGUGUUGCAAAUGAUUACUGUUCUGAUGGAGGAAUAACUAUUUUUACAAAUAUACAGUAUUUUCAAGAAGCAAUAAAAGCCAUAAUUUCUAAAAGUAAACCUUCAUUAAGCACUGAUAAUUUUUCGAAACUACUUUAUCAUCAAAUCUAUGCACAUAUUAUAUACACACCCUUGAAUUGGGCUGAAAAGGAAUUGAAAUUAAAUUUAGGACCAUAA